ACUCAUGUUUAACUUGUGGUCUACUUGGACUCCCAGAUCCCUUUCACGUGUAGUUUCAUUCAGCCUUGCCCGCUUCUGAUGUGCUCUUUCCUCCCCCCCAGGCGAUUCUUCCGGUCCCCCAACUUUGACAGCUGGUACCGCCAGAGGCACCGGGACAUGAUGCACAAGCUGGAGGCUCUGCACCUGGAGGCCAUCAGUGAAACGAACAUCAAGGUCUGGAUGAAGGACAAGUCGGAAGUGGAGCUAGUUGACCUGGUGCUGAAGCUCCGUGAAAAGCUGGGACGUGCCCGGCACCAUCGGCUCCCUGUGAAGGAGGAGGCCCUGCGGCAGGUGGCCCAGUAUGUCACCACCAUUGUUGACUCACUGCCAGAGGACCUCCAGGCUGUCCUUUGUCACCAGUAAGCAGCCUGGACGGCCAAGCAGAGACUGGAAAGCCUUGGGGUUUGCUUGGUCCUUGGGACCCAGUGUCUUGGAGGUCCUGCUCUCCCCACAGUGACACUAGGCUCACAAGAGCAGAGGAGGGUUCAGCAGGAUUGCCAGGAUGCACACCCCAUGGCAAGGGGGCCGGUCAUCUCCACUGAGCUGAAGAAAGGAGGGCUCUGGUGGGGGGGCUGCACAGUCAGCAGUGGGGAGGAGGUCCACUCCUGUGCUGGAAGGCCUAUGGAUCUGUGGGGUGCGUGAAUCUAGGGAAAAGCAGGGGUUGGGUGACAACAGCAUUUGUUUCUGGAGACAGCUCUGUGUGUGUGUGUGUGUAUAUACACAGGUGUGCAUAGGUACACCUGCUGAUGUGCAGUGACAGUUCAUAUCCUCAAGAGAAAGCAGUAAAAGUUAAUUUUGUAGGAA